CACAAAACUCAGCAUCUCAAAAAAAAAAAAAAAAACAACCCUGGCCACUUUCCCCUUGUAGCGUCACAAACAACUUGAUGUCACAGAACUGAACUUCUCAACUGCCCGGAAAACUCGCCGGAGUUCUUCCUAGGCCGCCGUUACCAUCAGCAAACCCCUCCAGGUACACCAUUGAAAUCAGAUUAUUGAGGAAAACUGUUGUAUAAUUUGUAUAUUGAACACGUGAAACAAUUGCUUUGGAAAUUAGGUGGAUCUGAGAAAUUUGAAUGUUAUAGCAGAAACCAUGGAGUCUUCUAAUGUAAUGGCUAACACAAUUCCAGAACCUAAUAAUGAAAUGGAAUUUGAAUCUCAUGAAGCUGCUUAUUCAUUUUACAAAGAAUAUGCUAAGUCUGCAGGGUUUGGUACUGCUAAGUUAAGUAGUCGUCGGUCUAGGGCAUCGAAGGAAUUUAUCGAUGCUAAAUUUUCGUGUAUAAGAUACGGUAAUAAGCAACAAUCGGACGAUGCGAUUAAUCCUCGUCCUUCGCCGAAAAUCGGUUGUAAAGCUAGUUUGCAUGUGAAGAGACGACCGGAUGGUAAAUGGUAUGUUUUUAGUUUUGUGAAGGAGCAUAAUCAUGAGCUUUUACCUGCUCAAGCUCAUUUCUUUCGAAGUCAUCGGAGUUCUGAUCCAUUGAGUAAUGAUGCUCGGAUGCGGCGGAAGAAGAACUCGACUGCAGGUGGUAAAUUGUUUAGUGCUUAUCAGAAUGUUGAAUGUUUGGAGAAUUUUAUGAAUCGUCAAAAUGAUAAAGGACGGAGUUUGGUUUUGGAGCCCGGGAAUGCUCAAUUGCUUCUUGAGUUAUUCAUGCAUAUGCAGGAAGAGAAUCCGAAAUUUUUCUAUGCGAUUGAUUUGAAUGAAGAGCAUCGGCUUAGGAAUGUGUUUUGGGUCGAUUCUAAAGGGUUGGAAGAUUUCGGUUAUUUUGCCGAUGUUGUUUCUUUUGACACAACGUAUUUUACUAGCAAGUAUAAAAUACCGUUGGUGCUUUUCGUUGGAGUUAACCAUCAUAUUCAACCGACAUUGCUUGGAUGCGCGUUGAUAGCCGAUGAGACAGUUUUUACUUUUGCCUGGUUACUGCAAACGUGGUUUAUAGCAAUGGGAGAACAUGCUCCGCGAGUGUUUCUGACCGACCAAAACGAGGCUAUUAAAGCUGCUGUCGCUGCUGUUUUUCCAGGAACGCAUCACUGUUUUUGUUUGUGGCAUGUUUUGGAAAAGAUACCAAAACAGCUUGAAUUUUUAGGUACAUGGCACGAUAGCUUUAUGGAAAAGUUCAACAAAUGUAUAUUUAAGUCAUGGACAGAAGACCAAUUUGAAAGGAGAUGGUGGAAGCUGGUUGAUAGGUUUAAACUUCGAGAUGUUAAAUGGGUCCAAUCCUUGUACGAUGAUCGUGCAUGUUGGGUGCCAACUUUUAUGAGGGAUAUUUCUUUUUCCGGUUUGUCUACUGGCUCGCGCUCAGAAAGUUUAAAUUCUUUGUUUGAUAAAUACGUCCAAGUUGAUACUUCACUGAGAGAAUUUAUAGAACAGUACCGAUUGAUUCUUGAAGAUAGAUAUGAAGAGGAAGCCAAAGCAAAUUUUGAUGCUUGGCAUGAAACACCCGAAUUAAAGUCUCCUUCCCCGUUUGAAAAACAAUUGUUGUUAGUUUACACUCACGAAAUCUAUCAAAAAUUUCAGUUUGAGGUUUUGGGUGCUUCUGCUUGCCAUCUAAAGAAAGAAAACGAUGGCGUGAUUAGUACUUAUAAUGUGAAAGACUUCGAAAAUAAUCAGAACUACAUGGUCGAAUGGAACACAUCAAACUCAGAUAUAUGUUGUUCUUGUCACUUGUUUGAGUAUAAGGGUUACCUCUGUAGACAUGCAAUUGUCGUUCUCCAAAUGUCUGGUGUUUUUAACAUCCCGACAAAGUAUAUAUUGAAAAGAUGGACAAAUGCUGCUCUAAGUAGGCAUCCUAUUGGUGAAAAGCUGGAAGACGUUCAAUCAAAGGUUCGGAGAUUCAAUGAUUUAUGCAGACGGGCCAUAAUAUUGGGUGAAGAAGGUUCUUUAUCCCAAGAAAGUUACCAUAUGGCUUUAAGUGCAUUAAGUGAAGCUCUAAAGCAAUGUGCAAAUUUGAACAAUUCUGUUGAGAAUGCAGCCUUAACUAGUACUCAUGUUGAUUGCAAUGUUGGAGAAGAGUAUCAAUCUAUUAGUACAUCUACCGAUAAGGUGUCUGAUCCAAAAAUGAAUUCGGGUAAGAAGGCUCCGAGGACUGGUGUGGCUGGUAGGAGUAUGGGAAGUAUCGAAAAUAUUGAAGGAAAUAAAGGAAAGGUACCUCAACUUGGAGUAGUAAGUGGUAACGAUGGUUUUCAACAAAUGGAGCCUACUGAUCUAAGGUCACAUAAUGUCAUGCAAAUGCAGUUUCACAGCAUGGUGCCGGCUGCUAUGUUCCUUAAUGUUUCGUCCCCCUUUCACAAUGCAACCUCAACUCAUUUGCAUGACAACCAUCUUCCUCCUUAGCUGAAUAAGUAUUCUCCUAAGGAUCCAAAGACACAUGUAUUGAACUGUACAUAAGAGACAUAACUUCCGAAAGGCGCUCUACAUGUUAAACUUGAUAAUAUCUGGAAAAUCCUCGAGGCUAGGCGAGUAGGUGACAUUUAAAAAACUUGAGAACCGUAGUACUCCAUUGAUAGGCUUGCCAUUGACGUAGGUGUCGAGUGUUGGUUUUGUUUAUAUUCGGUUGGAUUUGCAUAUAUGGCGAGAGAUUCAUUGUUUUAAACUUAGAAUUAGUGGGGGGAAACUUAUCAAAAAGCACUUGUUAAAAUGAAAAUAUGUAAAAUUUGAAGGCUUGAAUGUUUCAGAAGCCCAUUCCACCUACAUGAUUAUUCCUAGGGACUCUCUUCAAUUA